AUGCAUCUCAUCCUCACCGGCGCAACCGGCCUGGUCGGCUCCGGCGUCCUCGACGCCAUGCUCAAUAACAACGCGAUCACCAAGAUCUCCAUCCUGAGUCGAAGACCAGUGCAGAUGGCAGAAGACGCAAAGGAUCCCCGAGUCCACGUUAUCACACACAAAGAUUUUGAGACCUAUCAGCCAGAGCUUCUGGAGCAAUUGAAAGACGCAGACGGAUGUGUCUGGGCCCUUGGAACAUCCCAAAACAACGUGAACAAGGAGCAAUACAUCACGAUCACCAAAGACUAUGUCGUGGCAGCCGCCAAUGCGUUCUCCACACUCAAGCCUGCAAACCCUCCCUUCCGGUUCGUCCACGUAUCCGGCGAAGGAGCAACGCAAGAACCAGGUCGGUUCUCGCCGAUCUUCGCACAAGUCAAGGGUGAGGUCGAGUCGAUACUUGGCGAUAUCUCAGAGAAGAAUCCGAACACGUUUCGGGCUGAUACCGUGCGACCCGCAUUUGUUGAUCCGGCGAGCCACGAUGCGAUCAAGCCGUAUCUCCCUUCCAACAAUGGUAUUUGGUAUAAAGUCGGUAUGGUGCUUCUUGGUCCUGGGAUCAGGCAGCUCUACAAGUCGAUGCAUUCACCCACUGAACGUCUUGGGCCGUUCUUGACGGAGAUGGCGAUGGGACGGAUGGAUGGGAAGCUUGAGGGUUCGGGGGUGUUCAAGUUGGGAGGUGGUUGGGUUGUUGAGAAUAAGGGGAUGCGGAGGAUUCUGGGAUUGUGA